ACCAUUCGUUCCGUUUGGGGUUUGUUUCUGUACGGAAGGCAGAUGUGUAACAAUGGGGAAGUCAUUACAAUUUUUUUAGCUGCUUUGGGGGUAAAAUAUUUUUGAUUAUUUUUUGGUCUGUGGCAAAGUUUUGUCAGUUUUUAGGAGUGUAGCAAGCUAAGAUGUUCUCGCCUAUCUAGGUUAUGAUAUUGGCAUGACUGUAUUACGGCUGUACAGCAAUCGCACACGUGUAGAAGAACGUUAUAACUUGUUGAUUAUUGCCGAAGCUGAAUAGAUAACGUUGCUUCGCUAUGAAUCUUAACUGUAGCUAGCAAGCUUACAGAUCAUGCAGUGGGUUUCCUGCUAUUGUAAAUAUGGAGCCGACGCAUAAGGAUUUCCUUAGAACGCACAGGCUGUUUCUGUCGAAUCAGAUUUUAAUUGACGACACAGUGGUUCAUUACCUAUACCAAGAGAACAUUUUAACAGAGAGCCACGUCGAGGAGAUCCAGGCUCAGACGACCAGCAAGAGGAGGACUUUGAGGCUGCUGGACAUUCUUCCGACGCGAGGUCCUCAUGCUUUCGGAACCUUUCUGAAGUCUUUGGAGGAGGAGUUCUUGUGGGUGGCUGAGAGGUUGCGUCAGGAGCUUCGAGCAUCCACAGAACGGGAUCCGACAGAGGUGUGCCGGAUUUCGGAGGAGACCCUCCGGAAGGUCCCGUCGGACCAGGAGCUGAACCGGCUGUCGGGCCGGCUGGGGCCCGAGUGGGAGUCUGUGCUGCUGGACCUGGGCGUGUCGGCGGGUCAGCUGUUCCGCUGCCGGGCCAACCACCCACACAGCCUGCAGAGCCAGGUGCUGGCCGGCCUGAUCGCGUGGAGGCAGUCCGGCGGGCGGGGGGCCACCGUCCAGCAGCUGCUGCAGAGUCUGCAGGCCGCCCAGGUGCACGCCUCCGUGCUGGAGGAGGUGUUCCGCUAAGAGGGAGGGGGUCUACCGCUCUACUCCUCUGAUCUGAAGGGUCAGGCAAGACACUGCUCCAAUCCAGGAGGACCCUACAGACCGCCUGGCUCCGCCCCUACAUCCCGCCUGGCUUCACCCCACAGAACCCUGUCUCUCCCGAGUGUGCAAUCAAAGCGCAGAGUAUGGACACGGAUGUGAAGCUGGUUUCAAACGCUGUUUCCUGUCUGGACGAGGGAGCACAAACAUUUGUCGUGUCCAGAACAGCCUCCUAAGUACUGUGUCCUCAGAGUAUGUGCUGUCUACUGAAUACGCUGCUGAAUACACUGCCUGUUUCAGUCUGUGGUGCGUUCCCGCAUGCAGGCCAUGAGUACACUGGGUGAGAACGUUGUUAAUGAGGCAAAACACUACAUUUAGAGACAAUUCCUCAGACAGUGGACUCAAGUUCCAGUAUAUCUCAAUAGUAGUCAAGUCAGCUGUUUCGGGCGCAACCAAGACUCAACCAGUGUGUCCUUUCAUUAUGCCCAUCCGGAAUUCACAUUUGAAAAACUAUUUUAGAAAUAAACUUUCAAUUUGGAUGAUA